AAAUAUGAACAUAGUGAGAUCUCUAAAUCGAGAAUUAGGAAGUCCAGUGAAUAGAAUAAAUAUUAUGGGCUCAUGGGCUGUUUCAGGUCUAGGAUCUGAUUGGUCUAAUUGGGGAGGAAACGCUAAAAUCCUUGAAGAAAGACGAAAUACCAACCAUCAUUCUAAUGAAAUAGGCGUGCAUUAUAAUAUGCCUAGCAGCAGCCAAAAUUCUUUGAUGCGUAUAAUGCCACUUGAGAACUUGACUUUACUUCUUGGACAACUUGGCUUCGUUUUAAAGAGUAGAUUCAAUUACUUACUGUUUCAUGGGACACUGUUCAUUAUAUCUUUGGGGUUUUAUUUAACCAGUGUGAAAGAGAGAAUUAGAAGUUGGUUAAGGAAUGGAGAUGGAAGCGGCACGCGAGGGUUUGAAGAAUUGUUGGAUGAUCAGAUGAAACGGUCGUUAGAAGAAAAUUUCGGGAUGGUACUAGAUCAAAGAAUUUUUGAGGGAUAG